AUCCCCCACUGCCAUUGCUCACUCGCUCAGCUCAGCAGGAGCAGUGUACACACCCACACUGACAGCUGGUUCGUCUCUGGCUGCUGCGGUGGUAGCAGCAAGCAGCAGCCACCAAUUAGAGAGAGAGAGAGAGAGAGUGAAGAAGAAGAGGUGGCCGGAGCUAGCUAGAGGGGAGACGACCGUCGACCGAGAGACGAUGGACGUGAACGACGUGCUGCUGGUGGUGCUGGCGGUGGCGCUGGCGGCGAUGUGGUGGCGGCGGUGCUCCAAGACCGGCGGCGUGGACGGCCUCCCGCCGGGGCCGCCGGGGUGGCCGGUGGUGGGGAACCUCUUCCAGGUGAUCCUGCAGCGGCGGCCCUUCAUGUACGUGGUGCGCGACCUGCGCGAGAAGUACGGGCCCAUCUUCACCAUGCGCAUGGGGCAGCGCACCCUCAUCGUCGUCACCUCCGCGGACCUCAUCCACGAGGCGCUCGUCAAGCAGGGCCCCAUGUUCGCCAGCCGCCCCGAGGACAGCCCCACCCGACUCCUCUUCAGCGUCGGCAAGUGCACCGUCAACUCCGCGCCCUACGGCCCGCUCUGGCGCGCGCUCCGCCGCAACUUCGUCGCCGAGAUCGUGUCGCCGCACCGGGUCAAGGCCUUCUCCUGGAUCCGGGAGUGGGCCGUCAACGCCCACCUGCGCCGCCUCCGCGCCGAGUUCGCCGCCACCGGCGCCGUGCGCAUGAUGGCCAACUGCCGCCUCACCAUCUGCAGCAUCCUCAUCUGCAUCUGCUUCGGCGCCAAGAUCCCCGACGACCUCAUCCGGGAGAUCGAGGAGGUGCUUAAGGACGUCAUGAUGAUGACCAUGCCCAAGCUCCCGGACUUCCUGCCCCUCCUCACGCCGCUCUUCAGGAAGCAGCUCACCGAGGCCCGCCACCUGCGCCGCCGCCAGCUCGACUGCCUCGUGCCGCUCGUGCGCGCGCGCCGGGAGUUCCUCCGCGACGGCGCCAAGAAGGCGGCGGCCGCCGGCGUCGAGAUGAUGAGCGGGCCCGGCGAGGCGUACGUGGACUCGCUCUUCGACCUCGAGCCACCCGGCCGCGGGAAGCGCCUCGGCGAAGAGGAGCUCGUCACGCUCUGCUCCGAGGUCAUGAGCGCCGGCACCGACACCAGCGCCACCGCGCUGGAGUGGGCCAUGAUGCACCUCGUCCUCGACCCCGCCGCCCAGGAGCGCCUCUACGACGAGGUCGUCGGCAAGGUCGGCAAGACCGCCCGGAUCACCGAGGCCGACGUCGAGGCCAUGCCCUACCUGCAGGCGGUGGUGAAGGAGACGUUCCGGCGGCACCCGCCGAGCCACUUCGUGCUGUCCCACGCGGCGACGCGGGACACGGAGCUGGGCGGCUACCGCGUGCCGGCGGACGCCAGCGUGGAGUUCUACACGGCGUGGGUGACGGAGAACCCGGCGACGUGGCCGGACCCGGGGGCGUGGCGCCCCGAGCGGUUCCUCGAGGGCGGCGAGGGCUUCGACACCGACAUCACCGGCACCCGCGCGCUCCGCAUGAUGCCCUUCGGAGCGGGGCGCCGCAUCUGCCCCGCCGCCACGCUCGGCGUGCUCCACAUCCAGCUCAUGCUCGCCAACAUGGUGCGCGAGUUCCGGUGGGUGCCCCCCGCCGGCGAGGGCCCGCCCGACCCCACCGAGACCUUCGCCUUCACCGUCGUCAUGAAGAACUCGCUCCGCGCCGCCAUCGUCGAGCGGGCGUCCGCCGCUGCCGCGGCGUCGGCGUAACGCCGGGCGGCGCUCUUGAAUCCGCCACGUGCGUGAACGUGUGCUGCCGCGGCGCGUUGGUGCGGCACGGGUCGGUAAUUACGGCGGGGGGUUAAAUUUGGUGCGGCCGCGGUAUAAAUCCUCCACGGUGGGCGGCGGAUCGAUCCUAGCUGUUGGUUGGUCGACGGACGGACGGAUGGAUGGAUGUGCAAGCACGAUGCUAUCAUAAAUUCUUUUUUUUCCUAGCGUGCCUCUGUUCUAGUAUGGGUUACUAUUUUUUUAGAGUUCUUUUUUUCUUUCUCGAUUUGAUCCAAAGAUGUACGUACUACUACUACUAUAAAUGCUCGAUCUGCUCAUAUGUAUUGGUUGUCAU